AGUUAAGUAUCCAGAUUUAGAAAAACUUUUUAAUAUUUGGGUUAAUCAAGUGAUAGCAUCUGAUUUAUCAAUUUCAAAAAAUUUAUUAUAUGAAAAAGCUUGUUAUUAUGCAAUGGUUAUGAAUAUUUCUGUUAAAGAUAUGAAGUUUUCUAAUGGAUGGUUAAGUGGAUUUAAGCAAAGAAAUAAUUUAAAGAUGCAUAAAAUUUAUGAAAAAGCCAAUACUGCACUAAUUGAAUUAUUACUGAAUAUGUAA